AAUGGUCUGUAACUACAGGAAAAGAUGUGGAUCAUGGGUGGGAUGUGUAUAUAAUGCUGUGAUGUUAGUAAUGCCCCAGUUGUAGUUCAUGUUUUAAACCCUGUCUCUUUUGCAAGAAUGCCAGGCCCUCCGGAAAGUUCCCCUAGUGUCAACCAGGAACGAGUUAGGGUGGUGGACGACACUUUGCUUCUAAAUGUUGUAACAUCUUUCUUCAAGAAAGCAGCGGUGGUCUUGGCAGUUUGGGUGACGGGAUAUUACAAGUUCAGCCCAAGUUGGUUAUUGCUUGGGCUGGUUUUGUAUGUAUGGAAAGAGCGUCAUGUGGCAGCAAGAAGACACGGCAUAGCGAUCUCCCAACAAAUUGCAAGAGAUGAAAGGGGUGCCAUUCUUGCCAGGGUCGAAGAUCUACCGUCCUGGGUCUUCUUUCCUGAUGUUGAGCGUGCAGAAUGGCUAAACAAGAUGAUUUAUCAGAUGUGGCCAUACAUUGGUGAAUAUAUUAUGAAGAUGUUGCGUGAGAGUAUUGAGCCCAAAGUUCGAACCAGUCUUCCUGCAACACUGAGCUCCUUUCGCUUCACAACUAUUGAUCUUGGGGACAUACCACCAAGAGUUGGAGGCAUUAAGGUGUAUACAACAACAGUUAGGAGGGAUGAAGUCUAUAUGGAUCUUGAAAUAAACUAUGCAAGUGACAGCAAUAUUGUUGUGCAGCUAAAAGGGAUGUCUGCAGGAAUCAAAGACUUCAAUUUGCGUGGAGUGAUGCGUGUCAUCUUCCGACCUCUUAUCAGCAAAAUGCCUUUGAUAGGGGGCGUAAAUUUGUUCUUCUUGAACAAUCCGGAUAUUGAUUUCAACCUGACAAAUCUUGCAAAUGCCCUAGACCUACCUGGCCUGAGUGACCUUCUGCAUACCAUCAUUCGAGAACAAGUUGCUAACAUUAUGGUUUUGCCCAACCGUAUUCCAAUACAGUUAGCAAGUAAAGUGGACCUUCGCAAACUUACUUAUCCUCUACCACAGGGUGUGGUGCGAGUACACAUUGUUGAAGCCAAGGAACUGAUAAAAGCCGAUAUUAGCAUCUUGGGACAGGGCAAAUCUGAUCCCUAUGUCGUCCUCACAGUUGGAGCUCAAGAAUUCAAGACAAAGGUAAUUAACAACACUCUCCAGCCUGUAUGGAAUGAAGUGUUUGAGUUCAUUGUGGAUGAGCGUGAUGGACAGUUUUUGAAACUUGAUGUCUUUGACAAAGAUCCUAACAAGGAUGAUCCUCUUGGAAAGGCUUCUGUUGACAUUUCUACAAUCUUUAAGAAGGGUAAUGUGGAUGAGUGGUUUACUCUGGAAGAUGUGAAAACAGGCAUGGUGCAUGCCAAAGUGAGAUGGCUUUAUCUUGCUAAUGACCCACUUGAGCUGGACAGGCAAGUGGAAUCAGUAAUGGCACAGGUGGCAGAGGAACAUUUGGAUGAGGAUUCAGUUCAUACUGCACUUUUAAUUGUGAAUCUGGACUCGGCCUUUGGGUUACCUGCAUCAUUUGAUUAUACAUUUUUGAGAGGAAAGAAGACAUUAGUGGAACCAUCUCCUAUGGUCUAUCUUACUGUGGGACAAAAUACUCAGGAGAGCACAGUGCGAGUAAACACCACUGAGCCAAAAUGGGAAGAGAAUUUCCGGUUCCUGAUUACCAGUCCUUACCAUCAAAAUCUUGACCUAGAGAUACGUGACACCAAGACCAAAAAGACAAUUGGGGAGCUCAGUGUUCGCUUAAAAGAGCUUCUGUCAGCAGAAGAAAUGUUUAUGGACCAAAGGUUCCCUGUUAGGACCAAAGAGACGGGCUGCUUUAUCUACAUGAGUUUGAUUCUCCGAGUUUUGACUCCUAAUGCCAACCCUCAGUGGAUGGAACCAGAAAACUUGCUGAAGGACGAUGGUCCUGCAUUCAAGGAUUGGAGGAGAGGGAGUUCUGUGGACAAGAAAGAUGAACUAACUCCACCUUCAGGUGGUGACAGCAAGCCUUUGUCUUCAGUGUCAGCCGCUCCAGAGAACAUUGGAAAACAAAAUGGUGAAAAGCCGGUGAACAAGGAGGAGGUGGUGAUGUUAUCGUCAUCACCCUCCGCAGUAGACAUGGAAGUGCGUCAGCGCAAACCCAAUUCUCCUACGCUGCCUGUCACGCAGAGUAUUGAAGGAAGUGGACAGUUUGGUCUAGGUCGUAUACAGUUGACUCUUCGCUACAGCACUCAUCGUCAAAUACUGGUUAUUGUUAUCCACAAAAUCAGCAACCUAAAACCAGCACAAGGAGACAGCAAAGGCCUGGCUGAUCCAUAUGUUAGAAUGUAUCUGCUGCCUGACAGAGAUACCAAAAGCAAACGAAAGACUAAGGUGGUCAAAGAUAACCUCAAUCCUGUAUUUGAUGAGACUUAUGAGUACCCUGUCAGUCCCCCAGAACUGAACAACCGUUCUUUGGAACUGACAGUGAAGAACGAGACAGGCAUGUUUUCUUCCUCUCAGACACAAAUGGGAAUGGUUCUGAUUGAUUUGUCUACUUUGGACACCUCCCGUGCAGUCACCCAGUGGUUUGAUUUGGCACCUGAGAAUUCAAUCAAAGCAUCUUCCCUAGAAUCGGAAGUGUGAAGUUGUUUGAGGGGUUCUGCAUUGUCUGCUGGUAAAAAUUCUACAGGAGAAAUGAAAACUGUAGAUCCUGCUGCCAUAAUUAUAUCCGUCUUCUAGAUUUAGAAUUGUCUUGUUUGUGAUUUGCUUUUUUGAGUAUAAAAUAGUAACAUAAAACCCUGCAAUAGGUUUUAGAGAUUUUUUUAAUCACAUUGUUUUGUAUAUGUAUCUGGUUUUUAUCAUUACUUCUUUUCUUAAUUUUCUUCAUGGUGCCUUCUUUCAUUUUUUAAAAUUAUUUUUUUCCAAAAGCUCAUAAUUCACUGAUCCUUUUCUGUGUAGUCAUUUUUUUUAACUGUCAUUACCAAAUGGUGGUAAUUUAUAUAAAAUUCUCAUUGAUCAUCAUUGAGAUUAACCCAUACUAGUGCAUUACGUGUUCAUUACAAAAUUUCCGGGAUGAACAAGAAAUUCAACAAGGUUGAGGUUGAAAUCUCAGUUAUGUUUCACUAAAACAAUCUCAUUUAACAUAGUGCAAUAUGGACAGCUAAAAUAAUGAUGCUUUAUAGUCUUAUUUGAUGCUUUGUUUUGAAGAGUCUUUUCUGUCAAUGAUGAAUUAAUAGGAAAGCAAAACUUUUCAUUUUUAAAUCAGAAAUUUUCCCUUGUGAUUGUUAUGUAAAGUCUUAAAAAUUUUUUUCAAGACAGCUGACGUUUUAACAUGCUGGUUUUGUAAUUUUUUUAAGUACAGAAAGGAAUAUAUUUUAAUGGUGUUAAGUCUUAAAAAUACUACAAGCUAAUAACAAAAUUAAAUGGCCCAGUGAACACAUUUGGUUUAAACAUGGGAGUGCAGCGCUUUUAAGUUCACCCACAGUUUGGUUCAAGUGAGUGUGGCUUAGUUGAUGUAAAACAUCAUUUUGAAAAUGCAGUACUACAUCAAUGUAUCUGUGAGAGUAUAGGCUUGCAUAUAGUCUGAUGACAUUGUUCAAAUCACUACUUCUAAGUAGACACUGAUAACACUCCAGUAUUUACAAAUGACUUCUAAGUAUUAUAAUUAAAUCCAUCAGCUCUAAUGUUUUAAUGUUACACUUAAAUAAAAUAUGCUCAAAUAUUUUAUUAGAGUUUUUUUUUUCUUUGUUUACACAGCUCUUUUGAUAGUACCCAGUAACUUCAGUUUCUUUUUUAGAGACUUUUUUAACUAUAUACAAUCAAAUUAUUAUGCAUGUUAUUUUGUGAUUUAAAAUCAAAAGUAGUUCAUACAGAUACUUUUUACCAUGUGAAACUACUGGUUAACCUAAGGUAGUGUCAGUUUUUAUUAUUUCAUUUGUAGUAAACAGGGUGUUAUUAGCCUGCUGGUCUUAUUGUCUUUAAUCUUGAACCAUUGUAAAAGAAUAGUUAAAUAUACUAUGAAAACAAAAUCUGUAUUGAUGUUAAAUUAAUGUAAACCAAUGUUUUCAUUUUGAAUAUUUAAAGAAGCUGUGGAGAAAAUUUUUUAGAUUGCUUUAAGAAAAGAAAAGAAUAUAAUUUGUAGUAAUAAAGGUCUUUUUAUUAUGAUUCUGCUAGCUUUACUUUUGUUAUUUACCAUCCAGAAACUUAAUAUAAGAGUGCUUACAUUUUAUACUGAGUUGAGUGCAUAUAUAAUCAUCUCCAUGAGUCAGCGUUUAAAAACUCAGAACUAUGCUAGCUUCUAGACAGUCUAUGACAGCAAUGAGCCUCGUGUCUUCACAGUUCAGACAUCAGAAGUCUGCUGUUAUUCAUCCUUAUUGGACCUUUAUUAGAGACAGAGGCACCUAUCAAAAAAAAUAUCAGCGUUUCAAAAAGAACCCAUUCCUUAUAAAUAUGCACUUUCCUCUUGUGCUUGCUUAUUAUCUUCAACUAGAUCUGUAUUUAGUAAACAUUUACAUUUGAAGAUUUAAGUGAGUCAACGCAUAAUUGAUUGUUUCAUGCUUAUGCCAGUUUGCCAUUAAUACAAGGUAUCGGUGCCUCGUUAGUUGUUUUUUAUAUUGCUGUUUCUUAGUAGCUUUGAUAUUGUUUUAAAACUAAGAAAUGUUCAAGUGUUUGAGUUUUUUUUUUUUUUUUUUUGCUUUUGGAUACACCUGUCAUCAUUUAUUUGGUAAUUCAAAAAUACUUGUAUGCAUUGUAAAUUUUAACAUCUUUGGAGAAAAGAAGCAAAGACUUAAUUGCUUCAUUGUGUAUUAUCUUUUGUGCACUGAAACCAUACUCAUUGUUUUCACUAAUACUCGGAAGAAAUAAUACAAAGAAAUAUUACUGUGUGCGAGGACUGAUCUCAUUAUUUAAACCUAAUAGUUAAACAGUACCUUCAUGUCUUUCUUUACUUUUAUCCUCAAAUAAAAUGACGCAGAUGAAAUAUUUUCAGGUGAAACUUAACUGACGAGAAGCAAGUUUUCUUGUAUUUCCUCUCACCACAACUAUGGAUAACAACGAUCUAUCUAAAAACAUAUCACUCAUGAAUGUUCACUACCAAAAGCUUUUAUGAAGCUGCUUGCCUUGUAGUUCUGCUGCUGUUGUAAGUAGACGAUCAUGCGGUACAUCUUGUUGAUGACUUGCAUUGUGCACUCUGCUUAUUUUGUUAUCAUAUGUGCUAUGCAUAAAUUGCAGUACAUUAAUUGUUGUCGACAGUGGAUGCCUUCUUAAUGUUCAAAAGCAAAAUUUUUUUUAAGAGAAAUGCUAUGCAUAUUAUCACCAAAGGUUACUACAACAAUUCUUUAUACGUGUUUCUGGGAAAAUGGUACUGUGUAAAUAGGCUAUGUGUUUUCUGUUUUAUCAACAGAUUCUAAAUUUGCAAAGUUUAUCGUAAUGCAAACCAUUAAAAAUCUACACUCAGAAAGUUUAUUUGCUUUGACUACUUGAGGGGGUGGGGGAGAAUAUUUUACAUAAUGUUAUAUAAAGUUUAAUUAAAAAAAUAUAUGCCAGCAACUGAAAUAUAAUUGAGUGUUGGACAUUCUGCAUGAACUGAAAAAUAAAAAAAAUUGAAAAACUUGACAAAAAUUCAUUAUUUAGACAUCACAACAUUUCAAACCAGUGAGUGCUUUAUUGAAAUGUUGCAGACUUUGCAUAUACAUGUAAAGAGCUAAUUCACAUCAUUCGCGGGGAUAGAUGACAUAGAUUAAUUUAGUGUCGCUAUCCCUUUUGUAACAAUUGUUAUUUGAUUGUGUUUCAAUAUGGUGGUGAUUUUUGUGGAUAAUGCAAUAAAUUUAUUUUUGAAAUCUAAUGAUCACAGAAUUUAUUAAUGUCUUUCAGUAAGACAACCAUGACUUGUUUGAUGUUAUUUUACCCCUAUUUUCAAAACUUGCCUUGGUGUGAUUUCUCAGAGGGGUAAAACUAUAUGUGCCAUGCUACUGUAUACCUUUAGAUUAUAUUUUUUGCUUCAGCGAUGAAGUAUUUUACCUACCCUGUGAUGAAAAAGUAUACUUUGUCUUUCUACAUGCUAAUAUUUAAUUGGUAAUGAAUCAUUGAAGAAAACUGUUUCAUAGAAGUUGUGCAUAACACUAAGGGAUGUAGAGUAAUGCAUAAUGCAAAGUAGUCAGUAUGAAACUACAUUAUGACAAGCAUAAUGUUUUACAGGUUGAAAGAACAAAUAUUUUCUUCAAAAUUCUGAGACUCUGUUAGGUGUAGUUGGUAUCUCCACAUUUACAUCAAUCAUUUGCUGGUGUGUCACACCAUUUUUAUAUUGAAUAUUUCUAGUUAAUAUAACUUUUAAGUAAUUAACAUAUAACUUUUAAGUAAUUAAUAUAUAACUUUUAAGUAAUUAAUAUAUUUUUGUAAUAACUAGUUAACAAACUUACUGUUUAAUGUGAUGAGAUAGACCUACAUUUUUCAAAUGUAAACUAAAACUCAUUUUAAUCUCAGCACAAAUGAUUCAUUGCUUGCUUUUAAUUCCUGAUAUUCAGUUCAUCACUGUAUUAUACACAGUUGUAGGUUUUUAUUUGAACAGAUUUUUUUUAUGCUUUACUUCUCUAAUAUCCAUUUUUGAAGUUGCAGUAGUAAUGUGUGGUGGUUGGAUCAUAAAGACUGUAUUGAAAAUA